GAGAACAUGUGAAGAGCAACAGAGAUGCACAUCACGGAUAUCGAUCAAUGAAAGAACAGAAAUGAUGAUAUCACUGCUUGACUUCACACUUGGAACUCAAAACAUCAGUCUGGUCAAUGGCUUGGAUGCCUGCUCUGGAAGAGUUGAGUUAUUUUAUAAUGGCACAUGGAAGGCAUUGUGUGGUGCAUCCUGGGACAUUGAUGAUGCUGCUCUGGUGUGCAGAGAGUUGGGAUGUGGAAGAGCUGUUAUUGCAGAUGGCCAGUCUCUUUUUGGGGUAAGGGGUAAUGUCUGGCUAAACGAGAUCCACUGUAAUGGAGACGAGUCAUCCAUCACACAGUGCUUAGAAAAGAAUGGAAAUAAUUGUCCUCAGAGUAACGAAGCUGGAGUCAUAUGUUCAGCUUCUUCAUUUAUUAUCAUUGGUGUUGUGGUAAUAGCUGUACUGCUCAUAUUGUCUGCACUGCUGAUCACUUUCCUGGUGAGGAGGAGACAAAAACAAAAGAAAAUCCAAAUAAGCUCCCGUUCAAAAGUUAAUAUGCCAGGUGUGCUCCAUAAUGACCAGAAUGAAGAGCCUGCUGUGGAUGACUAUGAGCUUGUAGAUAUGGAUGAUGGUGAUCAUGAUGAUGUAAACUCUGACUCUGAUCAAGAUUACAUCAAUGUAGAUCAAAAUGACUCUGAACCAGACUACGUCAAUGUGGAAACAGACGAUUCAGAACAGGACUACAUCAAUGUAAAUAUAACAGAAAACAGAAGUUCACUGGACAGUAACUAUGAAGAUUUAUGAAAGCUAUUUGAUGAAAAUUUUUCACAAAAUAAAAGACCCUGUACCUUCUGAAUGGAUAACAGUACUAAAUAUCAGACAAGACAAGAGUCCAUUGCUACACAAAGUGCCACACAAAAAUGGAGCAAGAUUUGCUAGGCAAGGAACAAGUAAAGUCUGCAGUGAGUUAUUCAUUAUAUCCAAUAAUCAAUGUCCAAGUAUAAAUUAUUAUUUGUAUAUAAAGAGAACAAAGACUCUUUGAACAUUACUUUUAUUAAUUAUCUUGAAAUAUCUGGAAUGUAAGUGUGGAUUAUCUUUUCUUGUAGCAAAGCAUCAAUUUGUCUAUUUGACUGAAAAUGGUUAACUAACAAAUUAGCAGUUGUUAACAGAGCUUUAGCAAAAAAGUAUGUACUUUUAUUAAAAGUGAUAUAGUGUUUUUGACAGCUUCUCAAGAUGUGAUGUCUAAAGAAGCAACCAAUAAGGAAACUCGCUGAGAGAGAAAGCAGUAGCUGUAUCCGUUCACAGUGUGUCACAACUACCCACAACCCAUCUGUGUGUCUUCUUCUUUCAGUUGCUGUUGUUGUUAGACAACCGCAAAUGAGCUACUGUUACUGUGUGAUUUCUGCCUUUUAUCAUUACUGCCCACUGGAUGCCUAAAUAAUUGAAAAUAAAAUAUUUUUAAACAACAGUUUAAACAAAGAGUUUAAUAUGUUUAAAAUUAUAUAUUAUUAAUAUAUGUAUUCUACACAAUUUGCCUCUGAAUAAAAUU